CCCUCGUGUUCAAUUAUCCCUUUUUUUCUCCUCCCCAUUUCGAUCCCUUCGUCAAACCCUAAUUUCCUGGAAUCGAGCCCCUCGAAUUCUCCCAAAUAGUGAUCUCUUUGCUCAAUCCCUUCUUUCCCAAGCUAUUCAGCUCCUUGUGCUCUUCGAUUUGAUCUCCGAUUUUGGUUUGUUUGAUCAGGGGAAGUUCGGGUUUGGGGCUUUGAAGUGAUUGUUCCGAGAAAUUGCUUGAUUCGUGCCUCUUUUGUUGUUUUGUUGAAGAGGUUUUGGUUUUUAGGGAUGCUUGGAUCUUGUUUGCGGAGUUAGUGGUAUUUGGUGUGUUUGUUGUUGUAGCGGAAUGGCGAUUGGUGGUUCUUUGCGAGUGCCCCAUGAGUUGGGGGUUUGCAGGAUGAAUUAUGACCACACUGAACGAUUCAAAGAUUGCGAGGGCUAAGCGCGGGGCUCCUGUGCUUAAUGUUUCCCUUUCUUCUUGCGCUUCGCAGCAAGGUGUUUGGAAUCUCCGAGUUUCAAAGAAGAUUUAUAAGUCAAUGCACCACUUAUCUCCCAAAAACAAUGUUUUCAUAUGCAGGGCUGUUGUUGUACCAAGCUUUGGAAAUGAAAUUCCUAUUGUCAAAAGUGCCACUGUUGCAUUGACAAGGUCAUAUCAUGCAUUUCGUGCUAGUCCUCUUGCGCUUCAAUUGAUUCCAGCAGUUGGGGUCAUCGCUUUUGCUGUUUGGGGUCUUGGACCUUUCUUACGUCACAGCAGGAACUUGUUUCUUCAUAAGAAUGAUAAUAAUUGGAAAAAGAGCACAACAUACUAUGUUUUUACCUCCUAUCUGCAACCAUUGUUGCUCUGGACUGGUGCAACUUUUAUCUGCGGUGUGCUGGAUCCCUUAGUUUUGCCUUCAACAGCAAGUCAAGUUGUGAAGCAUCGUCUUCUAAGCUUUGUAAGAUCACUAUCGACAGUAUUGGCAUUUGCAUACUGUCUAUCAAGUUUGAUUCAACAAACACAGAAGUUCUUUAUGGAGACAAACGACCAGAGUGAUACAAGAAAUAUGGGUUUUCAAUUUGCUGGAAAAGCUGUAUAUACUGCUGUCUGGGUUGCUGCAGUUUCAUUGUUCAUGGAGUUGCUUGGAUUUUCAACCCAGAAAUGGCUUACUGCUGGAGGUCUUGGAACUGUAUUGCUGACCCUUGCUGGCCGUGAGAUUUUCACAAAUUUUCUAUCGAGUGUUAUGAUCCAUGCGACCCGUCCAUUUGUUGUGAAUGAGUGGAUUCAGACCAAAAUUGAAGGGUAUGAGGUUUCUGGCAGUGUAGAGCAUGUUGGUUGGUGGUCCCCAACCAUUAUCAGAGGGGAGGAUCGUGAAGCAGUUCAUAUUCCUAACCACAAAUUCACUGUUAAUGUUGUGAGAAAUCUCUCCCAGAAGAGCCAUUGGCGAAUCAAAACCCACCUUGCUAUCAGCCACUUGGACGUUAACAAGAUCAAUAACAUUGUUGCUGAUAUGCGCAAAGUCUUGGCAAAAAAUCCACAAGUUGAGCAGCAGAGACUGCACAGACGAGUAUUCCUAGAUAAUAUUGAUCCAGAAAAUCAGGCCCUUCGGAUUCUUGUGUCGUGUUUUGUGAAGACCUCUCAUUUUGAAGAGUAUCUAUGUGUUAAGGAAGCAAUCUUAUUAGAUCUCCUCAGAGUCAUUAGCCAUCACAGAGCCCGACUUGCCACUCCAAUUCGCACAGUGCAGAAAAUAUAUGGUGAUGGAGAUAUCGAAAAUGUUCCAUUUGCAGAAACAAUCCUCAACCGUUCUGGAUCCGUCACUAAUCGUCCACUGCUUUUGAUAGAAUCCCCAGCAAGAAUCAAUGGUGACGAUAAAGUGAAACCUCGUACAACACCAAAGUCAAAUUCCGAUGAGCAAAGCACAAAGUCGUCGACCGGGGCAUCAGAUGCCAAGACCACAUCUGUCCCUGAAGCCACAUCCCCCGUGACCACAGAGAAGCAGCAGCAGCACCAACAGAAAAAGACAAAUGCAGGAGAGGUUUCACCUAAAAGCAGUAAGGCCGAGACAUCGGCUGCACCACCAGCUUCAAGUUCUACAACCAGAUCACAACUCGAAGGAUCAGAAUCAGUGGGUUUAGGACCCAAAUCAAGCAAUGAGAAGCCGCCGCCACCACCACCCACCUCAUCGGAAGUAGCCAAUAGUGAGAAGCCGUCGCCACCUGCAGCAAGGCCAGUGUUAGAAGAUAACAUCGUUCUGGGUGUGGCUCUCGAGGGCUCAAAACGGACACUUCCUAUUGAGGAAGGUAUGGGUCCUGCUGAUGCUAAGGAAUUGGCUGCCUUACGCAAUGGGAAUGGUUCUUCCUCGUCCACAAAGGAUAAAAAGGAAGGACCAGUGCCCCCGGUUCCUGGUGCGGUUGCCGGUGACCAGCGAGGUGAUCAUGAUAGGUGAUAAUAUCUUGGAAUAAAGAUACUCUUAUUAUUUUUUUUAAUGUCCACAUUUUUUUGGGGGCGUAGAAUUUGUGGUUGUGAAUGUACUCUGCUGCGAGGGGGAAGCUGUCUUUUUUCAGGCUUGAUCAGAUGCAAGCAGUAUGUAUAUGGUUUUAAUGAACACGUGUUUAACUGAAAUUUAAUAUGCCCCAGAUGUAUUCUCAUUGUAGCACGGGCUCAUCUGUGCAUGAGAAUGCACUCUCUGAUUCAAAAUUCUUCACCAAAUAGGCGCGGUGAAAGAUAAAUACAAUUGAUGUGUAAACAUUUAUGCCAAGUGGAUAAAUAAAUGCAAUUGUAUUAAA